ACCGUCUUCCACACUGACAAAACCCUGAAUAAAACCAAACCCUAGCAUUUUAAUUUCAUUUCAACCCUUAAAAAGAGACCUUCCCCCCUCUCCUAUCUAAACUCAAACACUCGAUCAUAAUUCAUAAGUCGCUAGCCAUGGAUCAAAAGUCUCCAUCAACACCAUCCCCAAUUCAACCACUUCAGAUGAAUUCUCCAUCUCCGGCCGGCGGUUCUGCUAAACUCGCCACCCCUGAUCGUCUUACAGUUCCAAAAGCAUUCAAAUAUCCAGAAAUGUAUAAAAGCCCAACUGAUCAGAUCAUGUCCCCUGUUUCUAAAGGACUUCUUGCUAGAACAAAGUCUAACAAAUCAUCGGGUCUCUUACCACCAUCGUUUACUAAAAAUCAACAACACAAGAUUCAAGCGUCCAAGUUCCAAGAUCUCGGUGCUCUUAAAACUUGAUGGAUUUGCUCAAAUAUGGUUUUGGUUAGAAAUUAUUUGAAUCUCAUUGUGUUUGAUUGAACCUUGUGAAACUGUUUUUAAAUGGUAUAAAGCUUAUAUAUUGAUUUAUA